CCACAAAGGGCAGUCAAGUUUUGAUUUUCAAGGAGAAAGCCUCUGGUAAACUUUCGCUCCGCCGCCAGGAGAUCUGUUGGUUCCUGGGAGGAGCUCUUCUGAAACCUUGACGAUUCCUACACUCUUGAAGACCCAGAGCGGUGGAUUACAGUAAUUGAAAAGCUUGGGUGGCUUUGGAAGAUUACUCUGUGUCUGGUGAGCGCUCACAUUUCCAUGCUAGGGAACUGAGCAGAGGAACGUUCCCUUUUGUUAUCUUUUGAAAUAAGAAGAUCAGAGAGGAAGACGAGGUUCGAAGUGUAGAUUAGUGGGUCCUACAUCUUUGCCUAUCACCUGCGUCUGGAUCUCUGUAAAAAGACCCAGGAGCGCAGUGAACUUAGGGAAUCAUGCAGUGUUUCCUUGAAGCCUGUUCUAGAACCUAGCUUCCGGAUCCAGAAACUUCUCCAAAAACAGACCAGCUGUGCCGGGCAGUCUGAAUGGACCAGCGUCUCCGCUUUGAAGAUUUUUCAGUCUCAUCUUUUCUGCUGAAAGAUUAAUCUCUUGGUGAUUUGUUUGCUUUUCGGUGAAUGAUGGAGAAACGUAAACCGGCCGGACUGCUGGCUUUGCCGUCCCCCCUCCGCACCGUGCCCCUGGGCGUGCCGGGGACCCUGCCCCGCCUCCCACUGAGGGACCCCGUCAGGGUCUCCUUGCGCCUGGACGCCGCGGGCUGGGAGCGGGCGCACGGGGGCUGCGCCCCGAGACAGCCCUACCUGCCCCUGCCGCUGGACGGCGCCUUCGAGCCCGCCUUCCUCCGCAAGCGCAACGAGCGCGAGCGCCAGCGGGUGCGCUGCGUGAACGAGGGGUACGCGCGCCUCCGGGACCACCUGCCCCGCGAGCUGGGGGACAAGCGCCUCAGCAAAGUGGAGACGCUGCGCGCCGCCAUCGGCUACAUCAAGCACCUCCAGGAGCUGCUGGAGCGCCACGCGCGGGGGCAGGAGAGCUCGGCCGGCCCCCCGCGCCGGGCCGAAUGCAACAGCGACGGCGAGUCCAAGGCCUCGUCGGCGCCUUCGCCCUGCAGCGAGCCGGAGGAGGGGGCCAGCUAGCGAGCCCUGGACCCCCUGCGGGAACCCCGUGCCCCUUGCACAGCGCGCAUUUGGAGCCUGGUGUCAGAUUCUCUCCGAAGGUGGUUUGCAUUUUUAAUCUGUUUUUUUUUCUCCAGGACUAAAUCUUAGGAAAAAGAAAUGAGUGUUUUGGGGAAAAAAGGCAUUUUGACAUUCUGGUUGGUUCCCCCCACCCCCCUUAUUGGUUAUGUGCCUGCAACUUAAAGAUGCUUAUUAAGGAAAUUCUUUUCCUGUACUUCUCAAAUGCAGACGGUACCAGAUUCUGAGUACCUCAUUCUAAAAACGAUUAUUCUAAAAACUCAAAGGGCGAUAACCAGGGGAAUUUCCCGCAGUCAGCGGUGGGUGUACAUGAUGUACAUAGAUGUUGAAAUCAACCUUCCCCAAAGAAGAACUUUCCAAAAAUAAAUAAAUGAGAGUCCUUAAAAAGAGAAGAACAUUUCUUUGCAUUCCUUCCUUUGGGAAUUGUAUUAGAAAUUUGAUUGACACAUGCUUUGGGUGAAGGUGACUCGAAGCCGCCGACACUUGAGAACACUUUUGCCAGAGCCCCCUCCCUCCUCAAUUAAGUGUAUUGAUCACCCUGUAAUUCUAUUAUGUAUCUGAGUGUGUGUGUGUGUGUGUAUGGGGGUAAAGGGGUUCUUUACAAAUUUCUGUGGUUUGUGGCUUUUUCUUCCGUGCAUUAGUUUCCACCACCGCAUGCCUGGGCCCAUUGCCUGGCCUUGUCGCAUGCUGGGAUCAUUGGGGAAAUGUAGUGAAGCGCACCACUGUCUUUUGUUGUGGAGAUUCUUAUUUUUGCAUAAGUAGUCCAUCCUAUAGAGAUUGCUAACUAACUGUGUAUUCCCCUUGUCCCUAUGGCUGCUAGUGUAAAUAAACUGCAUCUCCCCAUUGGUAAACAGUAAUAAUAAAGUUUUA